AUGGCGUUGGCGAUGAAGAAGGUGAACAUGAUCAGGCAAAUAGUGAGGCUGAAACAGGUCGUUCAGCGGUGGAAAUACGUGAGCCUGAAGCGUUGCCUGCCGGACCCCUGUUCCGACGGGGACGACGGUUUCGACUCCGAUUCCGGCAGGACGCCUCCAGGCUGCCUCGCGGUAUACGCUGGGGGUCCAGAACGGCGCCGGUUUGUCAUACCGACUCGCUUCCUCAACCUGCCGGUCUUCGUCUCUCUCCUCCGCCUGGCGGAGGAAGAGUUCGGCUACCAGAACAACGGCGGCCUCGUCUUGCCCUGCGAGGUCGGUUUCUUUGAGACUGUGCUGGAUUUUCUCGAGAGAGACGAAGAGAAGUAUGGCGGAUUAGGCCUCGAUGACUUUAUCAGGUUGUUUUCUGAUCCGAUGGCUUCUCAUUCUUAUAGUAAAGCCUCCGCCGGCGUUUCUGGCCAUCGCGGCUUCACACCAGUAGCUAGGGUUUUAGGAUCAGGUUCCUGCCGUUAUACAAUGUCGUAG